GCGGUGAUCUUGAGAGCUCUCAGGCUAAGACAGUCCUCAGUCCACACCAACUGCCUCAAGCAGAGGAUGAAAGACCCGCAGCCGCCAGGUCUGAAGACAAAGAAAUCAUGGUCAAUGCUGCAGCGAGGCAAGAAGAAGACUAAGGAGGAGAUGGUCGAGAACAAGGCCAAGCCCGCACCAGUCCAGAAGCCACCACCGCUCACAGCAGAACAGAGGAUGAAGCAAACGCCCAUUGAGAGGGUCAUCUAUGACAUGGCCCACAAUGAGAGAAUGGUGAACGACCUCAUUCUGGGCCGAAGGAUAUCCUUCUAUGAGCUCCGAGGGGAAGUGGGAGCAGGGAAUUUUUCCUAUGUCAAACUAGGGAUUCAUGCCCUAACAAAAGAAAGGGUAGCCGUCAAGAUUCUUGACAAGAGCCGUCAGGACAAGAAGACACAGUCUCUGUUUGCCUCGGAGAUCCAGUGCAUGGAGAAGCUGUCCCACCCCAACAUUGUUCGCCUCUACGAGGUGCUGGAGACCAGCAAGCGCCUGUAUUUGGCUAUGGAGUACGGAAGUGGCGGGGAUCUAUACUCACGGAUCAGCAGCAGGGGGCGCCUGCCAGACCUGGAGAGCAAGCUGGUGUUUGCACAGAUCAUUUCGGCCAUCAAGUACAUGCAUGAGAACAACAUUGUCCACAGGGAUUUGAAAGCAGAAAACAUUUUCUACACCACGACUUACUGCAUCAAAGUGGGCGACUUUGGCUUCAGCACGGUGACCAGCCCCACUGAGACCCUGACCACGUUCUGUGGCUCGCCGCCAUAUGCAGCCCCGGAGCUCUUCAAGGAGAAAGGCUACAUCGGCCAAUACGUGGACAUAUGGGCCCUGGGCAUCCUGCUGUACUUCAUGGUGACGGCGAACACGCCCUUCGCCGCCGACAACCUGAGCCGACUGAAACGAAUAAUCUUACACGGCGCUUAUGUCAUCCCGCCACACGUGCCUGAUCCCUGUCAGCUGGUCAUCAAGGGGAUGCUUCGGCAGGUCCCCAAUGACCGCUCCUCCGUCUCCCAAAUCAUGAGCAGCAAAUGGCUUAGCGGGAUCGAGUACCCAAAGCCGUAUCCCAUGCUCAAUCUGACCCCAGCGCACCUGGUGGACACAACCGGCACGCUGAUGGUGGAGGAGAAGGAGGUGAAAACGGCAUUGAGUGAUCUGGGCAUCACAGGGGCCCACCUGCAGAACAAUUGUGCGGACUCUCACAGCCCUAUCACAGGAACCUACCGCAUCCUGAUGCACCGCAUACAGAAGAGGAGGUCUGUGGAAGCAGUGGGCUACACGUCUUUGUAUCCAGAGGAAUUCCAAACCAAAAACUCUUGGGUUGAUUCGGCACUGAAACAUAAUCCAUCUUCUGUCUGUGCUAUCCUGUAGGCCUUGGUCCUUUGAUCUACUGCAAUAUUGUCAUACUUCAGGAGAAAAACAGUGCAUCUGCCUGUGAAAACAUGCAGAUAGGGCCAUUAUUUAUCAUUCACUUUGUCUUUUCGAGUUUUGAAGAGGUCUUCUAACAAUAAUAAUAUAAUAGUAGUAAUAAGCUUUA